AUGCAGCNUAUAUAUAUAUAUAUAUGUUCUUGUAUAUUUGGAAUAGUGCCUGUGUGUGUGUGUGGAUCGUUUCGCAACGUGUUGUCGGUGUCACGACGCUGUGUUUGGCGGCGUGAAUGGACGCAUCAGCGGGGGACGAGGUGGGCGGCUCCUGAGACAAGUUCAGACUUCGGUGGUUGUGCUUCCCAUGGGGAUGCACACAACGUGGUGCUGAUUCUCUCACCACCUCCACCACCACUCAUGCACACAAAAAGAAAACUGCGCUUCGCUGUGUGGCGCUUGUAUAUUUUAUCUACGUGCUUCACGUUGUCUGGCUGUGGGGCGUGGAGGUCGGUGAAGUUCAUUACUAUUGCUCCCUGUUUCUUUCUUUCUCCCAAACUGUGUGUUUUGCAGCACGCACGCAACGUGCAAAAAAAAAAAGGUAGUGCCCCGCUCAAGCUUCUAGCGAGGCGGAGGGGUAAAACAGUGGCUGUUGCACGUCAGUAA